AUGUGCAGGUCCUCUGAACUCUCCCAGCGCUUUCAAUUCAGGAGUCUAGUCACUGGUUCGCCUAGAGCUCGUCAUUUUUACCUAAAAACCGUCGGAUUUCAAAGGACAGCCAAGCUUUGGACGUCUGCGAAUAACAGUUUGCAAUCGCCACCGUCUCCACCUCAGCACCAAACUGAAGAUGUGCAAAGCGGCCAUCCUGCCGACAUUGCUGUGUGGAGCGGAGACCUGGAGGGUGUACAAGAGACAGACGCGAAGGCUCAAUCAUUUCCACCUCAGCAGGACAGGAUCCCGGAUACGGACAUACUGGAGCGGAUGGUAAUCCUCAGCAUCUAGGCCGUGCUGAGACAUCUGCGACUGCGUUGGGACGGCCACCUCGUGCGGAUGGACGAGCGGUUUCGCGAAGGAGUUUUCUAUGGAGAUGCCGCCACGGGUUCUCGCCGACAAGGAGGCCAAAUCCGUCGAUACAAGGACACUAAAGAUUUCCCUUAAGCGUCUGCAUGUCGACCCGGCCAACUGGGAAGACCUUGCCCGAGACCGACCGACCUUUAGGAGGACAGUGAAGGCAGGCGCAGUGGUCUAGGAGCCAAUCGCAUCACCGCCGCCAAAGCCAAACGCGAGGCUCGAUAAUCUCAACUGCGUCAACCUCGCAACGCGAGCGCUCAGCUGCCGCCGACCUGCACGCGGACGUUCCGGGCACCAAUCGGCUUUGUAGGAUAUUUUCGUACCAACUGCAGCACCCGGACUACACCAGCUGCUGUCUCCUCGCCCCUCCGUCAAAUUCUGCCUCGUCCCCCAUGCCGAUAAUAGUAAUAUUGAGCGCACUCCCGAAUCCCCACUACCAGCAUCCUCCUCCGCCUCCAUCGCCUCACCAUCUGCUGCGGCGGCUUCUGUGUCCACCACCUCUGCACACAUUCCAAACUUACCAAGAAACAUCAACCGUCACGCCGUGAACACUAACGAUAUGGACUCGGUCGAUACAUGUCCUCAUUGUGGCCGCAACUUCACCUCACACAUCGGCCUGGUCGGUCACUUGCGAAUCCGUCCCACAGAGACUGGCGAACCAGUGCCUGGAGCACCAACUUACACUCGCCGCUGUCGCCUCAUCUGUCCUUGCACCUUCACCCACUGCAUGGGCCUAUUCGGUCGCAGGCGUAUACAUGAGAGCGGAAUUGACGGGAGUCCCGACACACCCAAUACCUCCCGCCCAUCCCCCAUGUCUAGCUCCACCUAA